AGGAGUGGCGGUACUUAUUUGGAAAUCAAGACCUGCAUGUGAUGGAAUAGUAGUUCUCAAGUUGAGAAACUGCAUCAACAGUGAGCACAGCAGCAGUAGUGGGACCACUACUUGAGACCGUGUUAGUCAUGGCAAAUCUGGGCUCCACCUCAGACCUCCUGAAUCAGUGAUAGGGAGCCAAGGCAGAGGUGUUUCCAAACUGUUUUCAUCAGCUCCCUUCUAAGACACAGGGUUGAACUUUGAGAACCUCUGUACAAGUUGCCUCAGCUUGGAGAUCAGACGGUGCGACAUGGGGCUCACCAAGCAGUACCUCCGCUACGUUGCUAGUGCAGUGUUUGGCCUUAUUGGCAGCCACAAAGGCAAUAUUGUCUUCGUGACACUCCGUGGUGAAAAGGGGCGCUACGUGGCGGUGCCUGCCUGCGAGCAUGUUUUCAUCUGGGACUUACGGAAAGGGGAAAAGAUCCUCAUUCUUCAGGGGCUUAAACAAGAAGUCACUUGCCUGUGCCCGUCCCCGGAUGGGCUGCACUUGGCCGUAGGUUAUGAGGAUGGCUCUAUCCGAAUCUUCAGUCUCCUGAGUGGGGAAGGAAAUGUAACCUUCAAUGGACACAAAGCAGCCAUCACUUCUUUGAAGUAUGACCAGCUGGGAGGCAGAUUGGCAUCUGGCUCCAAGGACACGGACGUUAUCGUGUGGGAUGUGGUCAAUGAAAGUGGUCUCUACCGUCUCAAGGGACACAAAGAUGCUGUCACCCAAGCGUUGUUUCUCCGGGAAAAGAAUCUGCUGGUUACCAGUGGGAAAGACACCACGGUGAAGUGGUGGGACCUCGAUACGCAGCACUGCUUCAAGACAAUGGUCGACCACCGAACUGAGGUGUGGGGAUUGGUUCUGGUGUCUCAAGAAAAGCGACUCAUCACGGGUUCUUCUGACAGUGAGCUGCGGGCCUGGGACAUACGCUAUCUGGAGGAGGUUGAGGUUCCUGAAGAACCAGAGCUCAAGAGGGCCAGAGCGUCUUCACCCGGGGAACAAGACCUCCAUGAGACCCACGAUGUGUCCCUUGAGGCGGAUGAAUCUCCAGAGGAUCGCAUCCUUACCUGCAGAAAAGCUGGGUCCCUAAUGCGGGAAGGAAGGGACAGAGUCGUGAACCUCGCUGUAGACAGAGCAGGCAAGAUUCUGGCUUGUCAUGGAACAGAUUCUGUGCUAGAAGUGUUUUCUAUCCUUUCCAAAGAGGAAAUUCAGAAGAAAAUGGAAAAGAAGAGGAAGAAAGCUAAAAAGAAAGCAAAAUUAAAUUCUGACAAAGGGGAAGAGGAAGAUCUUGAAGUCACUGUUGAAAUGACAUUGCAAGAUGAAAUCCAACGGUUGACCAAUAUCAGAACUUCUGCCAAAAUCAAAUCCUUUGACUUGAUCCAUUCACCGCAGGGAGAGCUGAAGGCUGUCUUCUUGCUGCAGAACAACCUGGUGGAAUUGUAUUCACUGAACCCGUCGGCGCCCGCUCCUCAGCCCAUCAGGACCAGCAGAAUCACCAUCGGGGGCCACCGCAGCGACGUCCGGACCCUGUCGUUCAGUUCGGACAAUAUCGCUGUCCUCUCCGCCUCGGCCGAGUCUGCGAAGAUAUGGAACAGGUCCACGCUGCAGUGUAUUCGCACAGUGACCUGUGAAUAUGCGCUCUGCUCUUUCUUUGUUCCUGGCGACCGGCAGGUGAUCAUAGGAACAAAGACAGGAAAGCUCCAGAUUUAUGACUUGGCCUCAGGAAGUCUGUUGGAGGCUAUUGAUGCACAUGAGGGGGCCUUAUGGUCCAUGUCUGUCUCCCCGGAUCAGCAUGGCUUUGUGACGGGGGCUGCAGAUAAAUCUGUCAAAUUCUGGGAUUUUGAGCUGGUGAAAGAUGAAAACAGUACCCAAAAGCGGCUCUCUGUGAAGCAGACCCGAACCUUGCAGCUGGAUGAAGAGGUCCUGUGUGUCAGCUAUUCUCCCAACCAGAAGUUGUUAGCUGUGUCUUUGCUGGACUGUACUGUGAAAAUUUUCUAUGUUGACACUUUAAAGUUUUUCCUCUCACUAUAUGGACACAAACUGCCCGUUAUAUGCAUGGACAUCUCUUAUGACGGAGCACUCAUUGCCACUGGCUCUGCCGACAGGAAUGUGAAGAUUUGGGGUCUGGACUUUGGGGACUGCCACAAGUCCCUCUUUGCACACGAUGACAGUGUGAUGUUCCUCAAAUUUGUACCCAAAUCUCACCUCUUCUUCACUGCUGGGAAAGACCGAAAGAUUAAGCAGUGGGAUGCUGAUAAGUUUGAACACAUACAAACUCUGGAGGGGCACCAUCAGGAAAUCUGGUGCUUGGCCAUUAGCCCUAGUGGAGACUACAUAGUGUCAUCGUCCCACGACAAGUCCUUGAGACUUUGGGAGAGAACCAGAGAGCCUCUUAUUCUUGAAGAAGAGCGGGAGAUGGAAAGGGAAGCAGAGUAUGAAGAGAAUGUGGCCAAAGAAGACCAACCAGCAGUUCCAGGGGAGACUCAAGGGGACAAUUAUUUUACUGGAAAGAAAACCAUUGAAACCGUCAAAGCAGCAGAAAGGAUCAUGGAGGCUAUCGAGCUCUACCGAGAAGAAACUGCAAAAAUGAAAGAACACAAAGCCAUUUGCAAGGCAGCCGGGAAGGAGGUUCGUCUUCCCGUUAACCCCAUCCUGAUGGCAUACGGCAACAUCUCUCCUUCAGCUUAUGUGUUAGAGAUUUUAAAAGGAGUCAGAUCCAGUGAGCUGGAGGAGUCGCUGCUGGUGCUACCCUUCUCCUACGUCCCAGACAUCCUCACGCUCUUCAACGAAUUCAUCCAGUGGGGCUCUGAUAUCGAGCUCCUGUGCCGCUGUCUCUUCUUCCUCCUCAGGAUUCACUUUGGACAGAUCACUAGCAACCAAAUGCUUGUGCCAGUGAUUGAAAAAUUAAAGGAAACGACUAUUUCCAAAGUCAGCCAAGUCCGGGAUGUGAUUGGCUUCAAUAUGGCAGGCCUUGAUUAUCUCAAGAGGGAAUGCGAAGCAAAAAGUGAAGUCAUGUUUUUUGCUGAUGCCACUAGCCAACUGGAGGAGAAAAAGAGGAAGAGGAAAAAAAGGGAGAAGCUGAUCUUAACUUUGACUUAAGAUGUAAACGUGGUGGUAGCUUCGACUUUUCCGUGUUGGACAUCUCUGGAUGGUUCCAGAUUGGCCUGAAAGAAUUCCAACCUGGAGGGCUCGCUCUCACUCUCUCUCCCUCGCUCCCUCUCUGCUCCCUCUGCUUCCCUUCCCUUCCUCUUCUCUCCUCUCCUCUCCUCUCUCCCUCUCUCUCCCUCACUCCCUCUGUCUCUCCCUCUCCCGCCCUCCCUCUCUAAAACCAUGCUUAGUUUUGAAAAAGAAAAGAAAAGAUUCCUUUGCUACCGAAGAUCAAGCCUUGAGCCCUGUAGGACUUGUUCCCUUUAUGUGCCAAUAGAGAGCAGAAGAUUUUUUCCAAAUUAGGGUUUUUUUUCCCCCCACUGGAUUUGAGAUGAGCGUUUCCAAAGUUUUUCUUAUUUGAUGACAGAUUUGUUGGCUUAUUUACUACCUGUUUGUGUUAGGUCCUGCCUUCUACUGAAACAAUCAGGUGUCUUAAAUGAUUUUCCUCAGUCCAUUAAUGCCUGGUAGCAUGGGUGUAGAGACCUAAAAGGGGCUGUAAAGUUGAUCUGGAACAGACAGCCUUAAAUUUUACCUUGUAGAUUGUUACAUCUGUAUAUAAAAAGACCUUAGUUGCUGUUUAUACUUCUCUAAAUAAAAUUGUUAU